GUUUUAAAGGCCCUGCAUUCAAAAUUUUACUUAAGCAAAAGUACAGAAUUAUCACAAGUAAAAGUAAUUAUUAUGCUGAAUGGCCCAUUCCAGUGUUAUACAGUAUACUACCAAUCAAUUAUUGUUACACAACUGACUUUUCAACUGCUUUUAUAGCUUUCUGUUAAACUGCUUUCAGUGCUUUAAGUUUAACUGACACUCAAACAUAUGCAGCUCCAAAACUGACACUUAAACUUAAUUUCCUAUUUACAUUUAUAAUUACAUUUUCAGCAUUUCCAUUUAUUCAAAUGUCAUUUGAACUUCUUACAGUAAUUGUAAUUCAACUGCCACAUUAACGUGCUCCAUUUCAACCAUUACAAUUUUGUCAGCUGCAAAUUUAGCCUCGAGCAUGCAUACAUUUUCUUCAGAUAAUGGAGCAUUUUUCUAGUUAUAUUAUUAGAUUAUUAUCAUUGAUGCGAGGUACUUUACUGUUGUAGUGCUUUAUAUACCUUGGGGUUAAUCUGUAACAAUGCAUCAUAAUUUCUGAAAAGUAACAAGUAGUAUAACAAAUAAAAUAAACGUAGUGGAGUAAAAAGUGCAACAUUUCCCUCUGAAAUGUAGUGUAGCCUGCAAGUAUGUAGUAGUAUAAAAUGUAAAUAUUCGAGUAAAGCAAAAAAAUACCUGCUGUUGUACUUUCUGCAUCCUCACUAGUGAUGCUGUGAUCCUCAUCCUUAAAACAUGACAUCAUUGUGAAAGGCUGGUCCUCAGUCAGUGUGAUGGGGUGGAGCUACAGGUGAAGAGACCUCUGAUGCCGGUCCAGCUGAGUCCAGAGCAGGUGGGCCUGGAGAUGCUGUGUCUUUGUGGGCAACUGGACCUCCUCAUCAGAGCACAGAUGCAGCAGUUCCAGGAGCAGUUGGGGCAAGGCUGCAGCCCGGAGGAGUCAGACACUUUCCAGGCUCAAGGAUCGGAGAUUCUCGACCACAUGCUGCAGUGCCUUGAACAUCUACCAAAACCUAUGCCACAGCUGGAGGACUACCUGGACAUGGUGGGUCUGUCCGCCAUGUUUCCUCGUGUAGAGGUGUUCCUCAUUCAAGGCAGCCCGGUAGACAUGCUGGAGAGGCCGCCGAUGGAUGAAUACUUCUCCCACAUUGCCAAAUUGAACCAGCUCCUGGUGCUGAGUCAACAGCUAGAGGAGGAUAUCAGGCACCUAGGAAGUCAUAAAUACAUCGCCCACCAGCUCUCGGUUAUAUAUCAAGUCAUUAGCUCCUUCAGAGGAAUUCAGGCCUUCUCUGAAAUAAAGAAAGAUAUCGAGGCCAACUUCAAACAGAUGAAACAGUCUCUAGUGAUAGAGGAAGGCUCCAGGCAUGAGCCUCAGCUGGCUGCUCAAUACAUCAACUGGAUAUUAGAAAUAACUCACAGCUUGACAUCAGUGGUGUUGUCACUACCGGAGGAGCUGACAGACGACCUCCACCAGGCCGUGACCUUCAUGUCACAGUUCCUGUCCUGACUCGGCCCAAAGGGAACGCCUCUGUAUCUAUGAAUCCUGACGUACUGGUGCACCAGGUUCCUCCAGGAGUCUCCGGCUUCUGAUUGAACUGAUGUUGGUUAUGGCUGUGACAAGGUGCUACACAAUUGGACUCAACUGAUUGUAGAGCCUACUUCAUUUACAACUCAUGUAGGUUUUUAUAUUGUUCUUCUGAAUGUGGUCUAUAUUAGUCUGUACGGUGAGUCAGCUGUUUUGAAAUGAAUGUAAGCUUGUUGAAUCCCUCCUUGCACUACUGUUAUAAUUCUUUUUUUACUUAUAGUGGGAUAAUAAAAUUGAA